CGGAUUUGUCACGGGGGUACGUGAGAUCGCUCGUGCGCGACAUUCUCGGCAAUUCUCGACGAUUUUUCUGGCACGAAAUCGUGGCGUAGAUUUCACACAUCGUCGAUACGCCGCUGACGUGUCCCUUCUGUGUUGCAGUGUUGUUUCCGAUAUACUUUUUUUUUUUUUCAAUUAACUUCUCGCGCCACCGGCCGCCAAUCUAAUCUAAUCUGUCGCCGAACUGUCGCCGAAUCGACACCGGCCGCCAUACGACAUACGUAACGCAACGGCGAAAGUUAAGCAGUGAUCUCAUAAAGACGAACGUCGCCGUACCAGUUUGUCGCGCGGCCACGUUUUCCGGCGAGAUUUCCUCCCGGGGUCGUUAUCCAGCUGGACGUGAAAGAGCGCAAUGUUGGCUCUAUUUUUAAUACUGCUAUGUACUCCAUUCAUCACCGAUGCAGUCAACAGAGACAACUUCAAAAGAUGCGACCAGAGCAGUUUCUGCCGACGGUUGAGAGGGUUAGAAUCUGGAAAAACGCCAUAUCAGCUUUUGCCAGAUAGCCUGGUUCAGAAUGAAUCGAUGAUCGUAGUGGACUUAUUUAAUAAGGAUACAGGUGUCACCUACGUGGUACAACUUACCACGCUGAAGGAAAACACAUUUCGGUUGCACAUAAACGAGAAGAAUCCACUGCAUCCCAGAUAUGAGAACGAAUACGCCCUUUACGAUCAGCCGCAAACGGUGGAAAUGGAUUUUGUCGAAACCACCGCUGAAACUAUAGCUGUAACCAAAGGCGAAAACAAAGCCGUUUUAUAUAUUAAUCCAUUUAAAGUAGAACUGUACGCCCAAGGUGUUUUAACAAUAUCGGCAAAUGCCCGCGGCCUCAUGAGAUUCGAGCAUUUGCGUACGAAACCAGUAAAGCCAGAAGGUGAAAAUGCCGAACCAGCAGAGACAAAUAAUACCGCAUAUCCUGGCGAUGGUGCUGACAAUGAUCCUGGCGCUUGGGAGGAAAACUUUAAGGAGCAUCAUGAUGCAAAACCGUAUGGACCUGAAGCUGUUGGCAUGGACUUCAGUUUUCCUGGAGCGGAAAAUGCCUACGGUAUUCCGGAACAUGCUGAUUCGCUGGCAUUGCAAUCGACUAAAUCCACUGAUCCGUAUAGACUGUACAAUUUAGAUGUAUUUGAAUAUGAAACGAAUGAACGUAUGGCUUUGUACGGCGCCAUCCCGGUUCUUUAUGCUCAUGGAAGGGAGAGAACGUCUGCUGUUUUCUGGCACAAUACAGCCGAAACGUGGGUCGACAUUCUAUCGAGUGCGGACAAUUAUGUUGUAGAAAGCAUUGUUAAUUUCGUAUCUGGGUCAACUAAGAAGUCCCAGGUAGACGCGCAUUUCAUGUCAGAAUCUGGAGUGAUUGAUUUAUUCUUCAUGCUGGGCCCGAAACCACUUGAUAUUUUCAGACAGUUUACCGUUUUAACCGGUACAGCUCCUUUGCCACAGAUGUUUGCACUCGGAUAUCAUCAAUCUCGUUGGAAUUAUAAUGAUCAAGAUGACGUUGCAACGAUCGCCGAAAAUUUUGAUACUUAUGAUAUACCAUUGGAAACCAUGUGGCUCGACAUUGAAUAUACUGACAGCAAAAAAUACUUUACGUGGGACUCACGCAAAUUCCCAAAUCCUAUUGAAAUGGUGCACAAUCUCACUGCCAAAGGCAGAAAAUUGGUAGUUAUCAUAGAUCCUCAUGUUAAACGUGACAACAAUUAUUUCUUACACAACGAUGCCACCAGCUUGGGCUAUUACAUCAAAAACAGGGAAGGAAAAGAUUACGAGGGUUGGUGCUGGCCAGGCGCCUCCUCGUAUCUAGACUUCUUCGAUCCGAAAGUUGUUGAUUAUUUUACUGGAUUGUACAGUUUAGAUAAAUUCCACGGUACCACUAACGACGUUUACAUUUGGAAUGAUAUGAACGAACCGAGUGUGUUUAACGGACCUGAAGUAACUGCACCGAAGGACCUCGUCCAUUAUGGAGGUUGGGAACACAGAGACGUUCACAAUAUCAAUGGACAUAUGUACAUUCGUGCGACAUAUGAAGCUUUAUUCCGUCGGUCAGGCGGCUCCCUGAGACCUUUCAUUUUAACGAGAGCCUUCUUCGCUGGAUCACAGCGCUAUGCAACAAUGUGGACCGGUGACGGCGCAGCUGACUGGAAUCACCUUCGUAUAAGCUAUCCGAUGUGUCUGUCAGUGGCUAUAUCCGGAAUGUCGUUCUGCGGCGCCGAUGUUGGAGGUUUCUUCAAGAAUCCAGAUUCGGAAUUGUUCAUCAGAUGGUAUCAGGCCGCAACGUGGCUACCUUUCUUCCGUCAGCAUUCUCACAUUGAAACAAAGAGGCGUGAGCCGUGGACGUUCAAUGAGGAAACUACUCAAAUAGUUCGCGAAGCCCUCAGAUUACGAUACUCUUCCCUGCCGUUGUGGUACACACUCUUCAGAGAACACGAAGUAAACGGUUAUCCCGUUAUACGUCCUCUGUGGGCGCAUUAUCCGACCGAAUCGGAAACGUUUACCAUCGACGAUGAAUUGCUACUUGGCGAUUCGAUCCUCGUGCGCCCGGUAUUCCAGUCCAGUGCCACCGAGGUAACAGUUUACUUUCCAGGAGAAGGCAAAGUAACUUGGUACGAUAUUGAUACAAUGCAAGCCUACCAGAAUGGAUAUGUUAAAAUACCGGUAACGAUGCACAAGAUUCCCGUAUUCCAAAGAAGCGGUUCUGUCGUCCCAAGAAAAAUGAGAAUACGACGUAGUACAGUUGCUAUGAGGAAUGAUCCUUACACGCUGAUAUUAAUUGCUGAUAGUAAUGGCAAGGCUAAGGGCAAUUUAUACAUCGACGAUGAAGUCAGCUUCGAAUAUCGUCAUGGAAAAUAUUUGUAUUUAAGAAUAACGUUGGACAGCAAUAAGAUAGUUUCGACUCUAAUAGAUAAAUUAGCUUCGUAUGAGACACAAAGCUGGUUAGAAAGAAUAGAUAUAGCCAAUCCACCGCAAGGAAUUAAAUCUGCCCAACUGGAAUCUCACAGUAUGGGAAAAGUAACAUUGGAAACUACAUAUAACCCACAUAACAAUGUAUUAACGAUACGUAAACCAGCUGUAAAUAUGGGCGAGGAAUGGACCAUUGAAUUAUUACGUUAGGAUUAUGAUUUUAUACAUCAUAAUCAACUCAGUAUCCAUACCAUAAUGCCAAUUUUUCUAUAACUAUUCAGUUAUCUGUGAUCUGAAUGAUUGUCUCUUAGAACAAACAUGAAUACAGUUUAGUUAUUGCGACAGUGAAAUGCUAAUUUUCUCUUUAUCGAGAUUAAUUGAUCAAUUAAUUUUGACUUAGCAUUCACAUUUAUUACUAGCGAAAAAGCGGAAUUGCUGUUUUUUUUUAAUUUUCUGCCAUUUUACUGAGUCACAUAG